CUGGUCUGGUACGAACAGAUCGUGAAUCGCGAUUGGUCUUUGAUACGUACAUACAUCUGUUUACAAAGCAGCGCACGCGUUUUAGGCUGGUUAACGGACGUAACAGAUUCGUCACCGAAAUUGUCGAACUUACACCGGUGUUGGACGCACGAUAGUUAACCGUGCGUCGUAUAUUUGGAGGUUUUGAAAAUUAUGAGGGAGGAGAGAAAGAAAAGAGAGAAAGCAUCUCGACCAAGGCCUGUUAUAGUACUCGUAGCAGGUCCUAUCUUCCACGCGGAUCAAUUGUGAGGAGGUUACGAUAUUCACACUGAUCGGUGACAAAUCGAAUGCAUACAUAAUCGCAGAAAAGGUGUCGAAUAAUCAGCCCUCUUGUGGUGAGCGCGGGAGGUGUCGCCACAUUGUAUAUUUGUUCGCGGAUGACAGUCUCGCACCGGUCUCAUUAGAGCUUAACCUUUGGCGGUCAUCGAUUCGAGACGCAAAAUUUCUGCCGUAGAUAGGAUGGAUACUCUUGGUGGUGAUGGUUGCGGUGACGGAGAUAUGGAACGACGAGGCGCAGGACGUGGUCGUGGUCGUGGACCAUGGAAUUCCACCACGCACGAGCCACUUCGGAGACCCCGUGCUGGCUCUGGAGCGCAAACAACAGCUUCCGCAGAGACCAAAGGCACGGAGCAAAGCAAAGUGGACAAGCCUGACUCGUUCGUUAAUAUAAUACAAAACUCGACAUUGUCUGUACACGCAGCAGAGUUUGUUCCAAAAUCGUAUCCCAGCAAACAGUCAUCGCAACAGCAACCAUCUGUCAGACCUUUACAUAAACAUUCGGUUCAAGAUAGAUUACAAGUAGCAACUGAGAAAUCAUUGCAGGCGUAUCAAAACCAAGUAGUACAAAGUCCUACAAGUAACUAUGAUAUUCCACAACAUUAUCAACAAGUAGAUCACGGACAGCAGGGUGAUAACUUCUCCCAACAACAGAGAGCAAAACAGAAUGUAAACACUCAGAAUUAUAGACCAUUUGAAGAAGAUACGGGAGGGUAUAACCAUGUGCAAAUGUACGAGAUGAACUCUGAGGAGGAGAAUUAUUUCUUCGCAUUGGCCUCCACAAAAGAAAAACUAACCAGCGCCAUACACUCAUUAAUCUUAAAUCCAGGCCGAUUUACGUCGAUUGUUCCAUCGCUUAUAAAUGAUAUUAGUUCUUAUCUAAAAUCUCCUUGCGAUUUUCAAGACAUUAUGAAAGUAAUUAUUCAGCAGUCUAUAAACGAAGGCAACUUUCGGUACAGCGGCGCACGGCUGUGUGCUUCUUUGGACGGCGCGAUAACGGCCACCCAACAGGCAUUAUUCAGAGAGACUUUGUAUACUUUGUGUAAGGCUGAAACAGAGGGUCACUCCUCAGCAUGGAAGGAAAAGGACGACCAUACGGAAGAGGAGCAGAAGAAGUGCCAUGGACUGAUAUUAUUUUUAGCAGAGCUGGUAAUUCAGAUGGAACACACGACCACUUUCGGUUUGGGAGAUCUGUUGAUUCAACUUAUCGUUAAUAUAUUAAAGAAACCGGCACCGAACUCGGUAAAAAACAUCUGUCAGGCCCUUAAAUUGGCAGGUCACACUUUGGAGAAGGGUAAGGGAGGAAGCCGGAAAGAGAUGGAGAACAUGAUGCGAGCGCUAACGGAGCUCGUAACAGCUGGUAGAGUAGACACGCAUGUAGGACGUAUGGUGCACAGUGUACACCAGUUAAGAAAUGGCAAUUGGGGUCAUAGUUCUGCUGUAGAAUCAUCAACGAUCGAAAACACUGAAACCACAGAGACAAACGAGGCCCUCGACGAGCCCGUAUUGUACGGUCCCGACGGCAAAGUGUUAAGUCCAGAAGAGAAUGAAUUUUUAGACGAUGUCACCGAUUGUACAACAAAUAUCGAAGAUUUACUAAUACUCGAUGAGCGUUUCGAAGAUGAGGUAGAAUGGACGUCACCGGAAGACGACGAGAUAGACGCGGCGUACGAGGAAUUCUUGAAAAUCAUACCGAAUAAAAUAAAAAAUACAAUCUCGGAAUAAUUGGGGACGUGAUAACGGCCUCUUUCGUAACCAUCGCAGCUGCCGCAUCGAUAUUCAAGGCCCAGAAAACCUCAUAGUUGGAAGCUAUGAGUCCACUCGUGAAAUUUCGAUUUUCAGUUCUCUAAUGCACCGAUUACAAUGAUAAUCAAACACAACGGGCAAACGGGACAAUUUUUCGCGACCACAUACAUUUAUACGAGUGAUUAACUGUCUAGCGAGAGAUUUCUUGUACCCACCUAUACGAAAUAAGGAAGGAUCUAUACCGUAUCUUAGAGAUUCGUUAAAAAAAGAAAAAAAAACAAACAGAAAAACGGUGUAGCUGAAAUAUUUCCGCUUUCAUUUUUUUAAAUAAUGUACUCGCUAUUUUUUACCGCGUACUUUUAUAAAGCUGGGAAAAGAAAGUCUCACAAUUUAUUUCUAGGACGAAACAAGAAUGUUUUAUUAUACAACGCAUAAUUACACUAUUAAUUAAAUUAUUAUAAUAAAACAUCUAAAGGUAUUAGGUAAA